AGAACGCAUCGUAUCCAUCGCCCCUUUUCGUCGCUUUGGACUCUCCGCUUCCGCUCCGAGAGAGAGAGAGAGAGCGAGAGAGGGAGAGUGAGAUGGCAAUGGCGGAGGCUUGGGAGGUGGCUAAGAGGGCGAUCGAGGCGUACACGGGGUUGUCGCCGGCGACGUUCUUUACGCUGCUGGCGGUGGCUGUGGCGCUCUACCACACGGUGGCUGGGUUUCUGGCGCCGCCACCGCCCCCGCCGCCGCGGUCUCGGGAGGUCGAACCCCUUGCGCCGCCCGUCCAGCUCGGGGAGGUAUCUGAGGAGGAGCUUCGGGCCUACGACGGCUCCGAUCCGAAGAAGCCGCUCCUCAUGGCGAUUAAGGGUCAGAUCUAUGACGUCACCCAGAGCAGGAUGUUCUAUGGACCCGGUGGGCCAUAUGCACUCUUUGCUGGGAAAGAUGCGAGUAGAGCAUUGGCAAAGAUGUCGUUUGAACCAGUAGAUUUGACUGGUGAUAUCUCCGGCCUCGGCCCCUUUGAGCUCGACGCGUUGCAAGACUGGGAAUACAAAUUCAUGAGCAAAUACGUCAAAGUUGGAACGAUCAAGAAGACGGACGAGACAGUGCCCACGACGGACGGGACCGAUGAUGGCACUACCUCUCAAGUAACGGAGAAAAGCACCGAGAUCACGGAUGGUACAGACAGACAAGUAGAACAUAGUACAGAAACAAAGGAGGAUGAUCCAGUGGAAACCCAUGCAAAUCGAGACCAUGAUGAAGAGACGAAGCAGGAUGGUCGGUUUGGUCACGGUGAUGAAGCAGAACUGAAGGAGAAUGAUUCAUCAGAGUUGAAGGAAGCCAGUGCCGGUGCCGGUGCCGGUGCCGGUGCCGGUGCCGGUGCCGGUGAAAGCACCAAAGAGUAGAACCCUGCACAUUUGGCAUUUGCACAACCUGGGUUCAUUAUCAUAUUAAUAUCAUCAAAAACACAUGGCAACAACCUGCGGGAUAUGAGUUAUGCAGUGCUCUUGUAAUAAGGUUCUCCAAGGUAAACCUUUCCAACUGAGUUAUCCAUGUCUUGAAGUGAUGACAGUAUUUGUUUGGUA